AUGAUAACUGACUUUUUAUUAGUUCUGUCGAUUCUGGCAGUUUCAACCACUUGGGGAGUAUCAAAUAUUAACAAACAAUGCAGAGAUUUGUUGCAAUGUUCCAUUCAAAAGAAGUGUGUCAAUCUGCCCGUUCUCUCGAAACUAGUGGACGGAAAGAACAUCUCUGCGCAAAUGUACGAUGAUAUUGAUAAGUACACUGAUUAUGGUUGCAUUUUCACUACUGGUUGCCAGGACGAGUGUAAUGAUUGCCCGUUGUGUUUGACUUCCAAAUUACAAAUUGUCGAUAUUUUGUCGGGAGAGAAAUCAUCGAAUGAAUGUCCUACUUUGAUGGACUGCGCAUUGAAAUGUGUUUCCGAGUCGAAUCAAGAUAUCUUCCAAAUCAACAAGUGCCUCAGACAAGACUGUGCUUUUCAUUGUUUUGAUGGAUCAUGCCCAAAAUGCUCUGGAUUUAUUACGAGAGUAUUCAAUCAAAUGUGUGCUGCUGGAAACUUCCGUCAGAAAGUGAAAGGAUAUUCGGGACCGUGCUAUGAAAUGUUCCAUGAAAUAGUCCGUGCCAAGUUUUCCGAUCGAUUUGAAAACAAUGGAAAAACAAAAGGACACAGUGGAUAA